UCUCAGAUUGAAGCUUGUACGUUUUAAUAAGGAAGGAUUUGGGAGAUGUUUUAUUAUACCAGCUCGCAAACAUUUUGAAGAAGGGAGAGAUUAAAAAGAAUGUGCACAUGCAUGCAUCUUUUUCCUGAUAUCGUGUUAUUGUCAAGAGAAGGAAACUUAUCACAGGAGCAUCAUUUGCAUGGAGCUGAGGUCUUUAAACUAGAAACACAACACUCUACGGAAAUCGCAGUUGUAUUGAUUAUUUAAUGGCAUACGGGAGAGUGUUCUCAAUCAUUUACUUCUCGAUACGCAUUUCUUUCUUCUUUACUUCCAACUUUCAUCUCGAAAAAGGAGAGCGUACAUGAGAAGCUUGGGUCGAGGCAUCCCUAUACUUGGCGCUUUGCCUGUGUUUCAUUUUCAUCUUCUACGGAGAAUUAUUGAUUGGGGUCGAGAAAGUGCGCAACGUUUAUCACCAAAAUAAGGUCCUUCGUCGACUGCAUACAUCAGGCGGGGGAAGAACAAAGUGUUCUGAUUUCUCAUCAGGUUCUCCAAAUUGGCAUCUUCAAACUGGCAUUCUGGAGUACCUUUAUUUACUUUUUCGCAAAUCGAAAACAAAAGCAAGAGAAGAGAACAGACUCGAGAAGUUGUGACUGCGUUCGAGUGAUCGCUUGACUAUUCCUAUCGCCGUUUAAAUGCGUCAUUCACGCUGAGCGUUUCUGAAUUUGGUCAGUAGAUUUUAGCCAAUGGUGUAGCGAAUUUGCUUUUGAUUGCACUGUUUAAAACAUUUUGCGUCAAGACUUUGUCCAGCUUUAUACAAAAGAACAAAAUAUGCAGAGUACAACCUUCGUGUACAUGUUAUAGGUUAUUUUAUGUAUAUUAUAUGGAUUAAUAUAUUGUAUUGUCCGCCCAUACUACUAAUAGUUUAAUGUCACGACUAUAUUGGCAUCGAGACUGCAAGAAGAUUUAGGUAUCGUCUUUCUUUUGAUUAGCCACCUGAAACGCGAGCUCCAUGUAAUUCUGAUGAAUCUUGCUGGACAACUUGAUUCGCUCUUUUGAUCUUCAGAUUCGCUGUCCAGUGAUGUGCACCGCAAUCUUAAUUCAGAAUGCUCUUCAAGAAUGGACUUGAUUAGAGUCGGGAUUAACUUCUUUCCGCACCGUAUCCUUACUGUCUCUCAUCGCGGCGGUCAUAUCGACGCAGGUAAUCGCACUUUCGUGCCGUAAACAUAAAUUGACAACAAGUAUUGUACCAUUUGAAAAUCGUACAAGCCUCUUUCAUUAUUUUGAGAAACUUUGUAUCAUCUUUAUCAUAACAUAAUGAUAUGACAGAUAAAUGUGGACCUCUUGAAACGAAAACGGUGAGUGCGAAUCUUUGGUAGCUGCAUGGUGUAGUGUUGGGUUUAUUUACAAGGCAGGAUAAAUCUUAAGCAGGACAAAAUGGCGCCUAACAUUACCGAUUCUGAACCGGGUUCGUCCCCCUCUGUAGCAUUAAUUUUUGAACUAUUGAUCAUGAGCAUUAUCAACCUAGCUGCACUCAUCGCUAAUGCGACGGUCCUGGCGAUAUUGGUAAAGACACCAGCCCUUCACACCCUCACACAUCUCUUUGUGGGUAACCUCUGCACCCUGGAUCUCCUCUGUUCGAUCACCGUCAUCCCAUUCUCCAUCGCAUCAUAUGCCAUGGGAGAGUGGAGCCUUGGACAGGUGUACUGUGAAAUCAACGGCUUUAGCAACACCUUCUUCGCUAUUUCUUCUAUCUUGACUUUAAGUGUAAUCAGUGUUGAACGUUAUUACUCCAUUGCUCACCCGAUGGCCUAUGCAGUAAAGAUGACCAUGAAUCGGUCGAUCCUUCUGAUUGUGUACAUCUGGCUACAAUCCGCUGUACUCUCGGUCCCACCCCUGGUCGGGCUCAACUCCUAUAACUUCAAUGCCAACAGAGGACACUGCACGUUUGUCUGGGAAAAAUCUAUUACACAUGUGAUCUAUGUGGUUAUGCUGGCGUUAUUGUGUUUCAUUAUCCCCGGUUUAAUAGUCGUUGUGACUUACAUCAAUGUGUUUCAGAUAGCUAGAGAAGCGGCACGUCAGGUGUGCCCUACACCGUCAGUUGAGAACUACGGUUCGACAACCCGCAGGGACGUGCCCACAGUCAGCCAAGCAAGGGGAGGAGCUGGAAGGGCCGAUGGUGGAUCCAAAUCAACUGACAAAGGGGACGUUACCCCUACGUCACCCGGGAAGAGCUGCUUCUCAAUCAAAAGAUUCGCGAGGAGGAAAUCAAAGCAUUCGGAAUCACCGUCGCAGAGUGGAGAUCUGAAAGCCGCAAAGACCAUCCUCUUGAUCGUGGGCGCGUUCUUUUUGCUCUGGACGCCGUACUUCGUCCUGCAUGUGUUUGGUGUGAUCCAUGGUGCCUUUCAUCGACAGGAUGCAUGGGAGCGAGUCACUACAUGGUUUGCCUACUCUUCUUGCGUGGUCAAUCCCAUCCUCUACGGCAUGCUCAAUCGCCACAUCCGCGAGGAGCUAUCCCGAAUAUGGGAGGUCUGCAAGAAUUUCAUCCUGCGGAAAAAACCGCAGGACGAGGAUGACUUCCCAGGGGGUAAUGAGGAUUUCUUCCAGUUUCUAGAAAGAACCACCACAACUACUACCACCGGGAGCUCUCGGACUACGGGAGCCAAGAUAGCAGAGCUGGAAGCACAUAGGAUUCCGGGACAGAUCGACGAAAUUUCCGAAGGCUAGAGAAUCGAAUGAACCAUUUCAAGCUAUUACGUAAUAUCAUGAUAUAUGCUAUUUGUAAUGCAUUUUCGUUAGUGUAGCAUAAGUUUUUUUAUUCAAAGCUCUGUUUUAAUCUGUGUAUGCUUGUUUGCUCUUGUAAUCUUAUAUGUCACAUUCCGAUGGAAAUGCUGAAGAAACCGGUGCAAUCAUUUUGUUUCUUGAAAUCAUAUCUGAUUGAAGUUGUUCCACACCGAAAUCUUUUUAUUCAUUUGUAAUUUAGAUGAUUUAAGUCGUUGCUUAUCGAAAGGGAAAAUAUGCGUCUGUACCUAGACUAGGAUAGGAUCUAUCCAGAUUGAAAAUAUCCUAAUUUUUUAAAAUUAGAUAUGCCUUCGGCGUGAAAUUUCUUUUUUGCUAAGAAUCACAGGCUGAUUUAUGAUGCCGUAUGGACAGUAAUAUUCGUGCUCCAAAUCAAGGCAUGACCAGAGAGAGAACAAAAUUGUUGCACAUGAGUUAAAGACCAUAUCCGAACUGAAAAAUUAAAUGAAUGAAUUAUACAGUGCGUCCCAGAAAAAAUGAA